CCGAGUGGAAGUGGAGAGAGAAAGGGAUGAAACUGUAUUAGUCGGUGAUGACGAUGAGCGGCGUCUAGCAAAUCAAGAUGGAGGGAAAGUUCAGGAUAGGGAAAAGGGAGGCUGCCGGGUGGGGUAACUUUAAAAAAGGGGGGGAUCCAAUAUGCAGUCACCGCCGCAACCGUGACGGUUCGGGCAUAGGUAAUCUGGAGGGCAGGGGAACCGACGCGGAGUGCAGUGAUCCUGGGCUGAUUUUCCCUUCGGACGCGCUGGGCGGCGACGGCACUACAUAUUGUUCUUGCCGCUGCUUCACCACCGCCCAUCCAUCCCUCUCCCCUGAACCACUCCUCCCGUUGUCUACCACAGAGACCAAAGAUGCGUCUCAUCGCCGUCACCGUCCGAGCCCUCCUUGUCGUCGUUCUCGCCUUCGUCCUUGGGCUGGUUGGGCUCGCAUCGAGUGCAUCCACCGCAGCCAAGAGCAGCGCAACGGUCAAGACGAAGUUGGGGCGAGUCGUGGGCAGGAGCGACUAUGAUGGCCAGCACGUGUUCCUCGGUGUGCCCUUUGGCAAGCAGCCUCAACGAUUUGCUCGUCCGCAGCUCGUCGAGAAGAGCAAGGGGACGAUUGAUGCGACCAAGUACGGCGCCAGCUGUCCGCAGCCGCCGGGUCUGGACUCAACGAACCACACGAGCGAGGACUGCCUCUCGCUUGACAUCUACGUCCCUGACAGCGCGCACCAGCACGUGUCGCCGCUCCCCGUCAUGGUCUACUUCUACGGUGGCUCCUUUCUCGUGGGCUCGGCGGGUCGCUACAACGGCUCAGCACUCGUCGGUGAGAGCAUACAUGCAGGCGCGCCCGUCAUUGUCGUCACGGCCAACUAUCGUUUAGGACCAUUUGGCUGGCUGGCCUCCAAGGAGGUUGAAGACGACCAAGGGGCCGUCCUCAACGCCGGCCUACACGACCAGCGACUGGCCCUGCGAUGGAUCCACGAGAACAUUGAGUGCUUUGGUGGCGACCCUGACAAGGUGACCAUCUGGGGCCAAUCAGCCGGUGCCGUCUCUGUCGCGCUGCAGUUACUCCACAAAGGUGGCGACAGCGAGGGCCUGUUCCGAGCCGCCAUCCUUCACAGCGGCUCGCAGGCUGUCCAGCCGACGUUUGCGGCCUCUUCGCCCCAGAUCGAGGCACGCUACCAGGCCCUGGCCAAGCUUUCCAACUGCAGUGCCACGCCGACGCAGACGACACUCGACUGCCUCCGCAAGCUCGACGUCGACGCGCUCACCAUGGCGGGUGCACAGGCCGCGGACCAGCAGCAGCAGACCGUCAUGGGCGGCAGCCUCGCCUUUCCCCCCGUCCGCGAUGCCGUCUUCGCCAACGGCAGUCCCAGGGCGCUCAUCGAUGCAGGAAAGACGGCAGACGUGGCCCUGCUCUCGGGCGACGUCCUCGACGAAGGCACCAUUUUCACGCCUGCGAGCAUCGUCAACAGCACCAUCUUCCAGGGCCUCAUUGCCAGCGAAGCCAGUCUCGAUCUACGUAACGCCAGCGCAUCGACGGCCGAAUUCCUCGCCAAGGUCCUCAAGUUCUACCCAGACGUGCCCGAGCUCGGCUCACCAUACCUCAACGAGCCAACUGCGAGCAGCGCAGGCACAACAGGUGCCCAGUUAGCCAACCGGACGUUUACGCCCCUGACGACGAACCAAUUUAAGCGCGUGUCCAGCUUCUCGGGCGAUCUCUUUUUCGAGUCGCAGAGGAGGUCCCUGCUCGCGUCGUACCUGCGCCACCACCCCAACAAGCCACUUUACGCCUACAAGUUUGCCCAGGACGAUCGCAAUUCACCGCUAAGCGUCGAGGGCGCUAGCGGAAGUAUUCCCGGUUAUCCCCUGGCCGAAGGCGUGGCGCAUGGGUCGGACCUCGUCUACCUCUUUGGACCCACCGUGCAGCGCUCCUCGCCUGGCUACGACGACAAGCUGGCAAGGCAGAUGAAGCGCGCGUGGAUCUCCUUUGCGGCAUUCCUCGACCCUAACAAGCUCGAAACCAAGCACGACUGGCCCAAAUACGCAGAGCUGGGUGGGAAAUUGAUGCAGUGGAAGGGAAACAACAUCACCGUCAUUCCUGACACGUAUAGGCAGGAGUCGAUUGAGUUCUUGCGCUCAGAAGAAGUCGUCAAGCAAUUCACGCUGUAGAUCUCGAUAUAUAUAAAAAGAUGGCGGCAUGCUAUCUGUCUUCAUCUCUUCUUCGCUUCACUAGGGACCUUGACUGUGCUUCUCCUCAAAUCCAUUCUAGCGAUC